CACACACACAGCACCCCUCCACCUCUCCGUAUAAAUCUCCCUCUGUCGGUACAUUAGCCAUUCUGUCUGUCUCUGUCCUUCUGUCUCUCUCUUGUGUCUGGUGAUACCACACCUUCAUACAGCCAUGUCAGAUGUAGAAGAGGAGUACGAGGAGCAGGCAGAGGAGGCUGAAGAGGAGCAGGAGGGAGAGCCUGAGCCGGAGGCCGAGCUUGAGGAGGAGGAGGAGACUCAGCAGGCAGAGGAGGAUGGAGGAGAGCAGCAAGAGUACCAAGAUCAAGAUGCCCAGGAGGAAGAGGAGGAGCGCCCCAAACCCAAACCUAUGGUGCCUCAGCUUGCCCCUCCAAAGAUUCCUGAGGGGGAUAGGGUGGAUUUUGACGACAUCCACAGAAAGCGUAUGGAGAAGGAUUUACUCGAGCUCCAUACUCUGAUUGAUGUCCACUUCGAGCAGAGGAAGAAGGACGAGGAAGAGCUUAUCGGCCUCAAGGACCGAAUCGAGCAUCGUCGGUCAGAGAGAGCUGAGAUCCAGAGGGUUAGAGCAGAAAAGGAGAAGGACAGACAGAACAGGAUUGCGGAGGAACGUCACAGGAAAGAGGAAGAGGAAGCCAAGAAGAAGGCUGAUGAUGACGCCAAGAAGAAGAAAGUGCUUUCUGGCAUGGGAGCGAACUUCGGAGGCUUCCUGGCCAAGGCUGAGUCGAGGAGGGGCAAGCGUCUAACAGGCAAAGAGAUCAAGAAGAAGACCCUGGCAGAGAGACGGCAGCCACUGGGCAUCGACAGUUUGAGGGAGGAUGGGCUCAAGCAACGGGCCCAGGAGAUGUGGAACUGGAUCUACCAGCUGGAGUCUGAGAAGUUUGACUUCAUUGAGCAUAUGAAGCACCAGAAAUAUGAGAUCAUCGUGCUGCUGAACAGAAUCCAACAUGCUCAGAAAUUCAAAAAAGUCCAUGGUAAAGGGAAGGUGGGCGGUCGCUGGAAGUAAACGGAGGGGGAAAAGAUGAGAAAGAAAAAAACAUUGAUGACAAAAAAGGGGACACAGUUUAGGAAAUGGCCUCUCUAUUAUGUUCUAGUGCCAAAGCCGCCCUGUAGGCCUUUUCUGUGUAUACGACAGAUAUUGAAUAUUUCAUAAUAAGUUGUAUUGAUAAUUAAAACCAGAUGCACACA